AUGGCAUCUUCGCGUCCAUCAAACCUGGCAGGGCUCGGACUCUCACCGCGGCUGGUCCCCGUCGACCUGGCCCUGGAACUGGUCCUGUAUGUAUGGUUGAGUGAGCCUCACAACGUCGCGCCGCACCCGCGCCAUCCCAUCACCAUCGUGCAUUAUCCUCUUGCGAGAUUCCGGUACUUGCUUAUGCGCCAUGUCAUGCAGACCCAGGUCACCAACCCAUCACCGACCGACCCUCUUUCGGCAUAUCGAUCUUCGGCAACCGUUGGCCGGCGCGACACAGCUUACAUUUUUCUCCUUGUCUAG